AUGACGCCUCAACCCGCCGGACCUCGUCAACUGGAGCGACCGGUCCCUUCUUACGGUCUGCCGGACUCGGGCGGCAUGCCGUGCACGACGAACAUGCCAGCCACCAUGACACCGGCCAUGGCAGUGUGGCCACAAACACAACCAGCGCCGCCAUCGACCAUGGGCUGGGCGGACCCUUCUUUACAAGAGCAGGUCCGUGUCCAGUACCCUCACCAGAGCAUGAUGCAGAGCUUUAUGCAACCGGUGCGUCCGCCGUCAAUCAACAGCCAUCGACCUCAACAUGACAUGGGCCCCCGUCCCAUGCAGAGCGGACCUUGGACGGCCAGGGAAGAUGACAUCCUCGUCAAAGCACGCAGUCAGGGACUGGCAUGGGAAGAGAUUCACAAGCAGUGCUUUCCCAACAAGACGGGCAACGCGUGCCGCAAGAGGCACGACAGGCUGUUGAUCAAGGCCAGAGACCCGACCUGGGACGAAGCUCGAAUCCAGAAGGUGGUGUAUCGAUACAACCGCGCGCGCGAGUCAAUGUGGCGGCCCAUCGCCGACCAGGUUGGAGAAAGGUGGGAAGACGUGGAAAAAGUGGGCUGUCGGGGAUUGAAAAGUCGCAGCCGUCAACAACAUGGCAGAAACAGGUCUCGCGCCAGUUCGGGCCAGACAGGAUUGAGUGAGUGGGAGCAAGAUCCGUCGCCAGACGAGCAUGAUAACACGGACGACAGUGGCAUCAGCGUCGGCCUGUCAGGCGGAGGACACAGCCGGCGGUCAAGCGAGAUAGCCGUAACCGGCAGCAGAGCCUUCCAGGGGUAG